UGUUUACGAUUAAAAGUAUCGACCACGUGUACGUUCAAAUGCCAUGUUUUUACAAUAAAAGAGUACGUUUACUUUGACAGUCAUCGUCUCCAUUCGUCGUUUCGCGUUAGAAACUCUAGGCGAAUAAAUAUGGAAGCAGGAAAGUAUGAUAACAUUAAAAUAUAACCUCUCGGACUGGUUGUUUAUGUUGGCUGACACGUGACGUCGAGCGAUAAACUGAGGUGGUGUGAAUUGGCACAAACUGAUCUACGUUUAGAUUCGUCGAGUAUUGAAAAUGACUACGGAGGAGAAGUUUCAGGCAGCCGUUAACGUUAUUAGGAAUCUACCCAAAGAAGGUGCCUUUCAGCCAACCAGAGCUAUACAAUUAAAGUUUUAUUCUUAUUAUAAACAAGCUACUGAAGGACCAUGUACACUGCCAAAACCAAAUUUUUGGGAUCUGAUUGCAAGAGCAAAAUGGGAUGCAUGGAUGAAGUUAGGUUCUAUUUCAAAGGAAGAAGCUAUGGAAUGUUAUGUACGUGAAAUGAUUAAGAUUGUAGAAGAUAUGGCUUAUUCGGAGAGUGUUUUGAAAUUUAUGAAUAUACUCGGAUUAGGCGGAAUGAUAUCUGUUGACGAUAUAAGGAAAGCAGUAGGUGCAACCAAGAAACUGGAUUAUGAUGAAAAUAAAGACUCAAAUACUGAGACUAGCAGUGAUCAAGAAAGUAAUGAAUUUUAUGAACCUGUAGAAUCUGAGUAUAUUCCGGAUUAUUCCGACGCAAGAAUAACGGAACUGUAUUCUUUACAAAAAUUUCCCGAAAGUAAAGAAAGAAAAUAUAAUGCUAAUAAAUAUCAAAGUAGGAAUGCCUUUCUUGAGAAUGUAGAAGUUAAUGAACAAUUAUCCUUGGCUUUAAAAAAGUUACAAAAUACAGUAGAUGAUGUGAAGAAACGUUUAAACUCUCUUGAACUUCAAGUAAAUAAAAUUCCUCAUUCAAAAGAAAUGCAGACGACAAAGUUUGCAAUGAUUUCUUUCAAUAGUUUCUCGCCCAUGGCAAAGAUACUUAUCAUCUUGUGGCCUUUUAUAGUGCACUGGUCGAUGAACACUGUACACAAGCGACGCAGAUUUAUCAUAACAAAUCUAUUGAUAUUAUUUCAAUAUUUUUUUGGACUUAUGUAAAUUAAUUGAAAUAGCUAUAUUAUAUCAAG